AUGUCGUCGUGUGCUGGGUUUGGAGUGAAGCUGCCCUUCCAGAACGUGGUGGACGCGACCAUGACAAGCUCAAAAGCGCUGUUUCGAGAUACCCAGUUACCUCCACAUGGCUACCAAUUCACAUUUCGAUCAGUCAUGGAGUAUCUCAACAAGAAUUUGAUGAGCGUCUUUUUCGCGAACUGGAUCAUUCCACAAUGGAUCCCCCGCGGGAUGCUGCCCUUCUGGAAAAGAGACUUCUACGCAUAUGAUGAUCUAGUUAAAUAUUUUCGUGCACUCAUAUCAUCCACUGAUACUAGUCAAUCAUCCCCUCCCAACUUGCUCGAGGAAAUGGUGCGCUCCCAAUUAGACAAUGACAAAGGCCAGGAACGCGGGCUAUCCGACUGGGAACUACAGGGCAACAUGUUUGUUUUCAUCAUAGCUGGACACGAAACUACAGCAACAGCAUUGCGUUUUGCGCUCGUUUUACUGGCAAUUGAUCAGGAGAUCCAGAACUGGAUGAGCAAAGAUAUCCUCGAAGUGAUUCGCUCCGAACCGGUAGAGCCAGCCAAGUGGGACUAUAAUGCAUUAUUUCCUAAGCUCGUGACCCUAUUAUGUGUCAUGCUCGAAACUCUUCGGCUUUAUCCACCAGCGGUCACUGUCCCAAAAUGGACAGGGGAAUCGCCCGCUGAGAUCGUCUAUGACGGCCAGCAUUACUUGCUCCCAGCCCAUACUGGUGUCAAUUUAAACGCCGUUCCGUUACAUUAUGCCUCGGAAUACUGGGGGCCAAAUGCAAUCAAUUUUGACCCUUCACGGUGGGAUAAAAGAAACACAAAGAGCUUUCUUGCAGAAAACGGCGACCUGGAUGGACUCACAGCUCCAGGCUUGGAAUACAACACCAUUCAUAAGCCUAUUCGAGGUGCAUAUUUUCCAUUUGCCGAUGGAAAUCGGGCCUGUCUGGGCAAAAAAUUUGCACAAACAGAAUUUGUGGCUACAUUGGCAGUCAUAUUUCGAGAAUUCCAGGUCAAGUUGGCCAGGAACAAAGACGAGACCGAAGAAGCGGCAAUUCAGCGUGCGAAAAAGGUUUUGAACGAAAGCUCUUCAUUAAUAACUUUGGCUAUGCGCGAUGCGGUUCCAUUGCAGUUUAUCAAACGAUGGUGA